AUGGCCUUUGGUGUCCUCUUCGAUUUCACUCUUAACUCCAACGUCUCCAAGGUCAUCAAAGCUGCAGAUCUUGUCCAGGAAUCCUGGUUUAUCGAUGCCGUCAAGACACCCAAACCCGUUGACCUUUUCAUCAUCUUUGGCCAUACACCUGCCCGCAGUGAUGACAAAUUCCCAACUCUCCGCACUCUGCGCCAGAAAAUCCAAGAACUCCGCCCUGGAGUCCCAAUUCAGGCUUUUGGUGGACACAACCACAUUCGAGACUUCGUUGUCUAUGACGAGACUUCUACUGCUCUGGGAUCCGGAAGAUACUGCGAGACCCUCGGAUGGCUAUCCAUGACUGGAAUCAAGUCUCGUACCUUUAGAGGCAGCAUGAAACCAAGAGGCGUUCCCAAUCCAACUCGUCGUGCCAUCAAGGGAAAUGCCACUACCUCUACCCAACCGGACCACCAUCCACAGAGGGGAUUGGACCUCCGCUAUUCCCGCCGUUAUCUAGACUGGAACCGCUUGACCUUUGCCUACCAUGCUUCUAAGUCUCAGGAUCGACAAUUUGACACUCAGAAGGGUCUAAAGAUUACCCACGACAUUACUGAUGCUCGCAAGCAGCUCAACACCUCUACCGUUUUAGGAUGCGUCCCUGAGACCUACUGCAUGUCCUGUGUUCCCUUUGAAGCUAAGAAUAACAUCUACCAGGUUGUUAUCGACAUGUUAGCCAAGGUUGUUGUCAAGGAGGAUCGCGCUGAUAAACCAAGAUUGCUCCUCCUGAACACUGGCAGCGUCCGAUUCGACCUCGUCAAGGGUCCCUUCACUAAGGACGACGAAUACAUCGUCUAUCCCUUCAAGAAUCAGUUCCAAUAUCUGCCUGACGUACCGUACUCCAUUGCUAAGGAUCUCCUGGAUGCCCUCAACAAGGGACCCUACCAGAGACGCUCCGAGGAAUACUAUCCUAUGCCCCCCCAGCUUGGCACUGAUGAGGUCUGCGCCAACCCUUCGCCAGAAUUCGUUCAGCUCAAGCGCCGCGAGGCUCCCCAGCCCUACAAGCCCAUCACCCGCCGCACAAUCGACUCCUCUAUGUUGUAUCCCGGCUACGUUACAUCUGAUGAUUUUGGCCUUGAUGGAGACGACACCCCACACUCCAAGAUCCCGUAUUUCAAGGUGCCCAUUGACAUUCAGGCAAACGCUUCCUUCCCUACUAAUGGCUCCAUGCCGGCAGUUGUCGAUCUCGCUUUUGUAGACUAUAUCGGUGCCAAAUACGUGAUCCCAGCCCUUAACAAGCUUGGUGGCAAGUACUCUGCUGACGAUAUCCAGAGUUACAAGGACUUUGGAUCAUCGAGCUUCUUGCGCGAGUACGCUCACAAGUUCUGGCAGGAGGGCCUGCCUAACUGCACUGCCAACUAA